GUCGUCUCGGUAACUUUGCCGUCGUUGCGCACUGACUGUGUUCGUCUCACCGUGAAAAGAUGUAAUUGCAGGUUUGGCUACAAUGCGGUGGUUGCUGCAGGGAAGGUUUAGUUUGUGUAAAUGUAAAGAAAGGUUUGAUUUUUUUCAGCAGAGAUGUGGUUUAGUUAACGUAAAGUUGAAAUGGGUGAAAGAUAAAGAACUUGAUGCUGUUGUGAUUCGUGAAAAGCAUCUUAAAGCUGUGUGUAAUCUCGUUUCGGUUAUUACGUCUUCUCCUGAUUUGAGGCUACCCAUCUUUAAGCUUUUGCCUCACCGUGGUCAGCUUGGUUUACCUCAAGAUCUUAAGCUUUCUGCUUUUAUUCGGAGAUACCCCAAUAUUUUUGUGGAGCAUUGUUAUUGGGAUAGUGCUGGUACUCGUGUUCCUUGUUUCGGUUUAACGCGUGAGGCGAUGGAUCUUUAUUGUGAAGAAGCUGAUGUUAUAAGGGUGAAUGUAGGGGAUGUUCUAGUGAGGUUGUGUAAACUUCUUAUGCUUACUUGUGAAAGAACACUUCCUCUACAUUCCAUUGAUCAUCUCAGGUGGGAUUUGGGUUUGCCGUAUGAUUAUCGAGAUUCAUUGAUUCCUAAGCACCCGGAUUUGUUCUGUUUGGUGAAGUUGUCUAGCGACCUUGUUGGUUUAAAGUUGAUACAUUGGGAUGAUAGCCUCGCUGUUUCCAAACUGCAACUGAGAGAGGAUGUUGGAGAUAAUGAUCAUAUGGCCUUCCCUGUGAAAUUUACGAGAGGGUUUGGAUUGAAGAGGAAGAGCAUAGAGUGGCUCCAAGAAUGGCAGAGACUCCCUUGUACGUCACCUUAUGUUGAUGCAUCUCAUUUGGACCCAAGAACUGAUUUGUCUGAGAAGAGAAAUGUCGGAGUGUUUCACGAACUUCUUCAUCUAACAAUCGGGAGAAAGACGGAGAGGCAAAACGUUAGCAAUCUUCGUAAACCGUUUGCACUUCCCCAGAAGUUCACCAAAGUAUUUGAGCGUCACCCUGGUAUAUUCUACAUUUCUAUGAAAUGUGAUACACAGACAGUAAUCCUUAGAGAAGCAUAUGAUAGGCGGCAUCUCAUUGAAAAGCACCCUCUCGUUGAAAUCAGGGAAAAAUUUGCAAACAUGAUGAAUGAAGGGUUUUUGGAUAGAAGUCGGGGGCUGUAUCAGAGAUCUGUUGAGAAUCACUUGGGGAAGAACAGUAGCAAGACUAGCGGACAAUAAUCUGAUAUCUGGAUAGGACUCUGAUUGUCCUGGAGUUGAAGAACAUAAACGCCUGUUUUAGUAGUGAGUCCUGUGUUCCAGUGGAAACAAAUGACAGGCACAAGUUCUUUGUUACAGUGGUACCAAACCAAGACAUUGCAGAAGGUGGUGUGAGAGUUAAAAGAUCACAUUCUACAUCUAACUGUAGCAGCCUGAGCUUUCGGCAUCAAAUGGGGUUCUCCAUCUAAAGUCAAGUCACUGAAUCACCUAUGAUGGAACGCAACAGACGACAUUCUCAAGUGAGCUUUUAGCAUUUUAGCUAAGCAAACACAAGCUGGUUUAUUGAUGCCACAACGAGGACAUACAUAGCAUUGCACUUAGGAAUUGUCAUGUUUGAAGUGUGCAUACACCUUUAGUCUAUCUGAGUCAUGACAUGGUGUUUUCCGGAAGAUGAUUAUUGGUCUAAGGCAUACAUUGGAUCGUUAACAGUGAGGUUGUUCUAUAUUUGUCCUUUGAAUUUGCCCCCUUAACAUAGAACAAAUUCAAACCCUGUUGUUUUAUUUGUAGCUGGUGAUAGUGAGGUUGUUCUAUAUUAUUAAA